UUUAUUUUUCUUUUUUUAAUUCGUCAGUGAUUGGUACAUUCGCUUUACUCUCUCGGUCUGGGAAAGGCGAGACGAGCCUUUUUUUUUUGUGGGUAAAACGAGACGAGCCUUUGGAGGUGUUUCCGCGAAUGAAAAGAGCGUGCAUUUUUAUAGGUUCCUUUGUUUGUUCCAUUUUAUAUUUCUGCUGUUGUCUCUCUGCGGGCUGAGACCGAGAUCAGGCAAAGCCGCUUCUCUCUCAAAAAGGAUCUCAAAUAGAAGAGAGGAAGGGAGAGGGUGGAGACGUGGAGUAGAGAGAGAAGUAAAUGGGAUCUGGAUCUUUCCUCAAGGUCGUGGCAAAGAACAUUGAUGUUCUGGCUGGGCCUUUGGUUACACUUGUUUAUCCUUUGUAUGCAUCAGUGAAGGCAAUAGAAACUAAAUCAUCUGUUGAUGAUCAGCAAUGGCUCACCUAUUGGGUGUUGUAUUCUCUGAUUACGUUGUUUGAGCUCACUUUUGCUAAAGUCAUUGAAUGGUUUCCUUUUUGGCCUUAUGCAAAGCUGGCAUUCAACUGUUGGUUGGUCUUACCUUACUUCAGUGGUGCUGCAUAUGUUUAUCAGCAUUACGUGAGGCCAUUGUUUGUGAACCAGCAGACAGUCAACAUCUGGUAUAUUCCACGGAAGAAGAAUAUAUUCAGCAGAGCUGAUGAUGUUUUGUCGGCUUCAGAGAAAUUUAUUGAAGAAAAUGGACCGGGAGCAUUUAAGAAGCUCAUAAACAUGACUGAAAAGAUAACAAAGCCCAAGAAGAGCAACAAACGUGAGACAUUUGGUGACAAGGUGGUUGGGAAGGAAUCCAAGUCUUGGGGGAGUAAUAGGCAUGUGACAUUCAAUGAAGUGCAGCCUCAAAGCGAAUCAAAUAGCUGGGAGAACAGCAGUUUUAUGAUCUUUAAUGAUGACGAUAAUAGAUAUUGGACUUAGAAUUGUAAUUCUGUUCUCUUGUGAGCUGACAUAAGUCAGCGUCUCCAUUCAGCCAUCAGUUAUCUUGAAGGUUUUGUUCUUGGUAAUCAGCGAAUAUAUUUGAGCACUAAAGUGAGAAUGCACUUGAAUCUUUUGACCUUGUGGAUAAAUAGCUGUACUUUAAGUGCUUCAAAUGUCAUCAGUUUGUCCAACAUUGUCCCUUCACUUUAAGAACGGAGUUCCUACCAUCAUGAUGUAUGCCAAGUAACCAUUAAA